AUGCCUGAUUAUCUGAUCUCAGCCGCACGAUCGGGAGUAACGGGAAUAUCGGCUCUGCUCCGGCAGCUGGUCAUGCCGCACCUCGCCGUCCAACUCCAGGAUGGCCGGUCGAAAAUCAUCAAGCAGGCGUGCAACCUCGUGUCAGCAAUCGCAGAGUGCCUGUCUGGGGAGUUCGAAGCAUGCGCGGAUAUCGUGCUUCAGGAGCUGAUGAAGCUGCUGGGGUCGUCCGCGGCUAUUAUGGCCGACUCAGCAGACUCCACCAUUCGAACUUCGACUCAAAAGUCACCCCGUGGUGGUCCGUUGCAGGCCACCCGCACACUGAGCAAGGUGUUUGAGACGGCCCCGGGCGUCAAAAAGCACAGUCCUGAGGAGCAGGUGGGUUCAAUACGUGUGCGGGAGUAUGUGCUGCUGGCGCUGGAGGUGUGGGGCCCACAGGGCGAGCUGGUGUGCGGAGUAUGUUCUACUGGCGCUGGGAGGUGUGGGGCCCAACAGGGCGAGCUGGUCAUGCUGGUUGAUGCGAUUGAGAGCAGCAUUCGUAGUGGCGUGCAGGAUGGCACGAGAGAGGUGAGGGAGCGGGUGGGAGGAGGAUGUGAAAAACGAUGUGCGAGCCACAGCCAGGCGCAGCUUCCGGGAGUUUUCCCACUUAUGGCCGGAGAGAGCCACCCGGCUGCACUCCUCGUUUACGUCACGGUGCAGAAGGUGAGGAGGUGGGGAAGGAAGAAGGUGGGGAGGAGGCUAGGUGGCGAGGGAAGGAGGGUGGGAAGAAUGGGAGAAGGCGAGGGAGGGAUGAGAGGGGAAAGAAGGCGAAUAUUCCCUGGCAAUGUAACCUCUGGCCAGGAUCCGCCCGGCUGCACUCCUCGUUUGACGUCCGGUUCAGAAGGUGAGGAGGUGGGGAGAUGGGGAGGUGGCGAGGUGGCGAGGUGGGGAGGUGGGGAGGUGGCGCGGUGGCGAGGUGGCGAGGUGGGGAGGGUGGGGAGGGUGGGGAGGUGGGGAGGUGGCGAGGGUGGCAAGGUGGGGAGGUGGGGAGGUGGGGAGGGUGGCGAGGUGGGGAGGUGGGGAGGUGGCGAGGUGGUGGAGUUGGGGGAGGGAAGGAGCUGCACUCCCUUCACGGUGCAGAAGGUGAGGAGGUGGGGAGGUGGGGAGGUAAGAACGGGACAAGUUUGGGAGUCAGAAGCCAGCAGCGCUGUCAGCAUACUCAAGAAUGGACCCUGCUUUCCGCCCUUCGCUCUCCCGCCCUCUCGCCUUGCUCACUUGCUAUUCUCCCCUCUUGUGUCUAUUGUCUUCCUCCUUCCUCCUCCCCAGGUGUUGGCUCAGGAGGACAAGUCAGCAGCACUGUCAGCACAUUCGAAGAGGGACCCGCCUCCUCGCCCCUCGCUCUUGUUGCUGCUGCUGCAAGCGGCGGUGGGGGAGGAGGGGACGGAAGGGGAGGAGGGGGAGGAGGAGGUGGGAUGGGGGCUGGUGAGGGGUGUGAGGCUGGGUGCACAGGGCACAGCUGCUGCUGCAGCAGCAGUGAGGGUAGUGGCAGGAGCAGGAGGAGGGGGAGGACGAGGAGGAGAGCGAGAAGGGGUUGUAGCAGGGCUAGGAGGAGCAGAAGCAGCUGUAGCAGCUGUAGCAACAGGGGCAGCAGGUGUUGUGGAUCCAGGGCUGCUGGGGUAG